AAUAAAUAAAACAGUGAUCAACUGUAUACGGCUCAUAUCAGGAAUAUUGCUGUGUCUAUGUAAUGUCUAUGAACUGAACAUGUAACGUAGGAGAUAUUUUUCGAUUGCUUCAAAUGACUGAUUGGACCACUCGCCACCCACCGUUAGAUGUUAACGUUGACCGAGCAAGGAAACAUCGGAACUCCCCCUUGAGUAGUUACAUCCAGCAGAGCAGCGAGGAGCAGUGACACAACAUCAACAAACAGCCUUGUGCAGGCAGUCUGGACAUUGUAUUCCUACCUGUCCAUCAGUCUGGAGUGUUGUGGAGGGGCAGGAGUGAAACCGAGCAGGCAGAGAGACAGCAGGGCAAUCAAGACCCAGAAUGCCUCUGUUCUUCAGAAAGAAGAAACUCAGUGAUGACUCCCAAAAAAGACUGGAAUAUCAGCUGUGUCGGUCUAAGGAGGCGGGUGCUGAUGACAUCCUGGACAUCUCAGCAUGUCAGCUCUCAGAGGUUCCUUCAAGUGCCUUUUCCAUUUGCAAGGUGCUACAUAAGAAGGUCCUUAUCCUCCAUAAUAAUGAGCUGAGGUCACUGCUGCCCAAAGGAUGUGACAUCAGGGCUCUCGCCACUUUAAAGGUUUUGGAUCUGCAUGACAAUAGGAUCACCUCACUCCCAGAAGAUAUUGGGAAGCUGGCAUCACUGCAGAUUCUGAAUCUGGAGAAGAACCGUCUGAAGGCCCUGCCGGACUCCUUCGGCGAUCUGCGUCUCCUGCAGACACUCAAUCUGAAGGGUAACUGUCUCAGUGAGCUGCCAGUAUCCGUCAGCUGUUUGAGCAGCCUCCGCACCCUGGACCUGAGCGACAACAACAUCGUCCAGCUCCCCAAGACUGUGGCCCACAUCCGCACGCUGGAGAGCUUCACACUUGAUGCUGCCAUGAUGACCUACCCACCUGCAUCUGUGUGUACAGAGGGCACAGAGAGCAUCCAGCGCUUCCUGUGCAGCGAGCUGGGGGAGGAGUAUUGCCCCCCAUCCCAGUAUCUGCUGCCAGUGCUGGAGAACGACUGUGGCAAACAGAGCUCUGACUGCUGGGACGGCAUGGAGGAGGCCUGGCAGAACAAAUUCAGUGACUACGCCAGGAGAAAGCAACAGAAGCAGGAGGAGAAACUGGCUUUCGAGCGGCACCUGGAGGAAAGACAGAAGGAGCACACCCAGCUUCUACUGAGUAACAACUCCCGCAAGGAAAACAUCCUCAACUCUGUCCGACAGGAGCAGGAGCGUCUGGAGCAGGGAGUCAGCCAGCAGCAGAGGGCUCAGGAGGCCGAGAGGCUGCUGGUGCUGGAGAAAGUGAGACAAGCUGAGGACAACAUCAGUAGCCGAAUCAGCAACAUGCUGAUGGACAGCAACCGGCAGAAGAAGAGCACAGAGUUUCUUCAGGCCAUGGAGGAAGAUCGGAUCCAUACGGAGCAUCUGACCGCCAUCACACAGGAAGAGGCCAAUUCACUGAGGAAACGGGAGGUGGCAGCGGCCAUGCAGAAGAUGCUGUCAGACAGCUGUGCAAUGAGCCUCCUCCAGGAGGCCAGUGACUGUCGCAGACAGAGCCUGGUCUCUGAGGCCUCCAGGAGUAUAGAGAACUUGGACAGGAAGUUUGAUAAGAUGCUUUCCCUCCAAGCUCUGGACAAAUCUAAAGCCAUAGCUCACAUCCUGCAGGAGGAGGAGAUGCAGAAAGCAGCGUUCCAGGCUCUGCAGCUGCAGAAAGACGCUGUACACGGCUACAUCCGCAACCAGAUCAAGCUCAUAGAGGGUGAAUUAAUGCAGCUGACUAAACUGGAGAUUAAAAGACGCAAUCUUAAUGCUGAGAACCUGCAGGAGGUUCUGGUGGACCAGCGCACAGCUUUAAGUGAUUUGUUGCAGCAGCUGCUGAAGCAGAGGGACCAGAGGGAGCAGGAGCUGCGGCAGAUUCUGGCUGAGAUCGAGCGGAAGUCUGAGUCCAACCAGCAGAACUACUGGAUGAUCCAGUAUCAGAGGCUGCUGGACGCCAAGCCUGUGUCGCUGCGCGUGCAGGAGGCGGACAUUGAGAAGGAGUUAGUCAGCCUGCUGUGUAAACUGUCGGCUCAGCACUACCUGCCCAUCCUGGCUCAUCAUCGAGUGACGGCUGAGGCCCUUCGCCACAUGACCUCCUCUGACCUCAAGAAGCUCGGCAUCAAUGAAGUGGGAAUCCAGAGGACUCUCCUGGCCUGGGCUCAGGAACACCAACCUCAAGGAGCCUGUGAGGCGGUGCAGCAGGAGGAGGCAGCAGAAGUCACCCCCUCGGCUCCGCCCCCAUCUUCUCCUCCAUUCCUUCCCAGUACAUCGACUAUCCAGAUGCCCAGUCCCCCACUCACCCCGGGGACCCCUGUCACCCCCUCAGCCCCCAGCCCUGUGGAGGGACCAGGGAGCUCUGAGUGUGUGGUCUGCAUGGAGACCGGGUCUCAGGUCAUCUUCCUGCCCUGCGGUCACGUGUGCUGUUGUCAGGUGUGCAGCGACGCUCUGCAGAACUGCCCUCUGUGUCGCGGCCACAUCUCCCAGCGGAUCCGCCUCUUCCACAGCUAGAACCAGCCGGGUCACCGUCCUGCACCGAAUGCCACUCUAUGUAUGCAUGGUCAAAAAACUGCUGUGAGCUAAACUCGUCAUGUACACAAAACCUUUGUAGCUGGAUUCUGAAGAGCAGAGCAACUUCCCUGUAUUAAGACUAUUCUCUCAUGUAUAUAAGUUUAAUAUAGAGUUAUUUUAAUGCUGUUGUGUUUCUGGUUGUCACUUGUCACAUCCAGGCCUAUUAUUAGUAUUUUGUUGAUCUUUUUUAUUGUAUGAUUUUUAUUUGUAUCAUAUAUGAAGAGCCAACAUUAAACCAGUCAGUGGCUCAGGACCUUCUUUACUGAUGUGCCUUUCUCUGAGAACUUCUUAUUUGUCUCUGUUGCCAACCAAAGUAACACUAGUCCAACAUCAUUGAAGUCAACUAACAGAGUCUAUUGAUCAUUGUUGGUGUUUGUUAUAAUCACUAAUGCAAUGUUUGACAGCUUGUCUUGUCCUCUCUCACUGUCACUUCCUCAUCUUGUCCCUCUGUACUCGCUGGAAACAUUUAUCUGCUUUUAAAUGGUGUGAAUAAUUAAAACAUAUAUU